AUGGCCACACGUCGCACCGCCUCGGUUGAUCUUGAAAACUGCACGGGAUCCUAUUUCCGUCUUCAGGUCCUUCAUCAAUACACAAAUGAGGGUACCGACGAUUCCGGUCUGUUAGAUUUCAAGCCAGGCGAGAGGAAGCGAGUUUUCGACAGCGUUCAGUAUUAUACCGGCUUUUUCACCACCGGCUGUGACAAUUGGAAAGUGGACGGGUUUUCUCUGAAAGAAGUUUCGUCUGGUACAGCCAUAAUGAAGAUUGAAGGAAAGAUGUUCAUCGAAGGAUUGCCCUAUAAGUCCGGACAUGGAUUUGGUGCGCAGUGGAAGAAGCACACUCUGAGAGCCGAGGACAGAGAUACAACCACUCUGAUCAAGGUUUUCCCGAAAGAAGUGCAUUUUAUUUCGCCAAGUGGAGUGUCGACAACUGGUUUCUAUACUAUUGGUCAAAAUAUUCUUGGACUCGGUAUUGGAAUUUAG